AAAACAGCAUUUAAUGUUUAUAAAUUUUAAACAAAAGUUGGGCGCCAUCUCGUCUGUUUACCAACACUGCUUAGCCCCCACUCUUUAGUGUCAAACUGACAGUCGAACGGUACGGCAACCUUGCCAGCUGGAAGACCUUCGUUUUCACCAACUAGAAAAUUACAAAUUUUCCAAUUGGAGGAAUUUAGUUAAUUGAACGCACUUAUUGGCUUUUCGUUUCGUCAGGUGUUUCCAAUUGGCGUGGGCGUGAUUCGCGCGUGUACUUGUGGGUGGCUGAGGUGCGAGCGAGAGGCAGCAUUAGAAUUGCUUGUUAUUCUUUCUUUGUUGUUUUAUCCGUGGAAAAAAGCUGACUGCGCGUGUAUGUGUGUGUGAAAGUGUGUGUAUGUGCUAUACAUGCACACGAAGAAUUUGCAUAAAAAAACCAGGAUCACCAGCCCCUCGCACACCACCGAAGGACACAGCCGAGUGAUCCACCGCUGCUCCCCACACAGACACGCCAGGACAUCGCACGGAGGACCGAGGAGCGGCAGGAUUGGGAUCAGGAACAGCACCAGGAACUGGGUUAGGAUCUAGAACAGCGCGGGCGAAGGCUAACGGAGGACGGAACCGAUUCCACCACCAUGUUCACGGGCAAGCUGCAGAUCAAGGUGUGCGAGGCGAGCGGCCUGCGGCCCACAGACUUCCAGAAGCGCCACAAUCUCACCUUCGGCAAACUGGCCGACGAGCAGCUCAUCGAUCCCUAUGUCUCCAUAGAUGUGGACGAGAGUCACUUCGAUCGAGCCACCACACGGCCAAAGACAUUCGAUCCUGUUUGGAACGAGCAGUUCGUCCACGACGUGUCCAACGUUAGCAACAUCAACUUGACCGUCUUUCAUGAUGCCGCUCUGCCGCCCGAUGACUUUGUGGCCAACUGCAUCAUCUCCUUCGAGGACCUCAUGCAGAGCGAGACGGCUGUUCAGGAUCUAUGGGUUAACUUGGAGCCCCAGGGAAAGAUUCACGUCAUUAUUGAGCUGAAGAAUCGCACUGAUAAAGCCAAAGCCGAGGCUGUUGUGGAGCACACCGUGGCCGUCAACAAGGAGUUCAAAGAGCGAGCUGGAUUCAACCGCCGUCGCGGUGCCAUGCGUCGUCGUGUCCAUCAGGUGAAUGGCCACAAGUUCAUGGCAACGUUUUUGCGUCAACCCACCUUCUGUUCGCAUUGCCGCGAGUUUAUCUGGGGAAUUGGUAAACAAGGCUAUCAAUGUCAAGUCUGCACGUUAGUUGUACAUAAAAAAUGUCACCUGUCCGUGGUGUCCAAGUGUCCGGGCAUGCGAGAUGAGCAAACCAAAGUGGAGGUGGUGCCGGCGGGCCAGAGGUUCAAUGUGAAUGUGCCCCACCGGUUCGUGGUGCACAGCUACAAGCGCUUCACCUUCUGCGACCACUGCGGAUCCCUGCUGUACGGCCUGAUCAAGCAGGGCUUGCAGUGCGAGACCUGCGGGAUGAACGUGCACAAGCGGUGCCAGAAGAACGUGGCCAACACGUGCGGCAUCAACACCAAGCAGAUGGCCGAGAUCCUCAGUUCGCUCGGGAUUUCGCCGGACAAGCAGCAGCCGCGUCGCUCCAAGUACUUGAACCAGCAGGGCGGCGAGGACAACUACGGGGCAUCCCUGGGCGGCGAUGGGGACGGUGCUCCGGGCCAGUCAUUCCGCAGCGGAGCCCUGUCGGCGGACAGUUUGGCCAACUCGACGACGACGCUGACCAGUGGCUACAAUAGCAGCAGCUGUAUGAGCCUGGCGGUGGGCGGAGGAGCUGGAGGCGGUGGCUCCGGGGCCACGGGAGAGACCCGUCCCGGCAAGUGCUCCUUGCUGGACUUCAAUUUCAUCAAGGUGCUGGGCAAGGGCUCCUUCGGCAAGGUGAUGCUGGCCGAGAAGAAGGGCACCGACGAGAUCUAUGCCAUCAAGGUGCUCAAGAAGGACGCGAUCAUUCAGGACGACGACGUCGACUGCACCAUGACCGAGAAGCGCAUCCUGGCGCUGGCCGCCAACCAUCCCUUCCUGACUGCGUUACAUUCCUGUUUCCAGACCCCGGACCGCCUGUUCUUCGUGAUGGAGUACGUGAACGGCGGCGAUCUGAUGUUCCAGAUACAGAAGGCGCGUCGCUUCGAGGCCUCGCGUGCCGCCUUCUAUGCGGCGGAGGUGACACUGGCGCUGCAGUUCCUCCACACCCACGGCGUCAUCUACCGCGACCUGAAGCUGGACAACAUCCUGCUCGACCAGGAGGGCCACUGCAAGCUGGCCGACUUCGGUAUGUGCAAGGAGGGCAUCAUGAACGGCAUGCUGACCACCACGUUCUGCGGCACCCCCGACUACAUCGCCCCGGAGAUCCUCAAGGAGCAGGAGUACGGCGCCUCCGUCGACUGGUGGGCGCUGGGCGUGCUCAUGUACGAGAUGAUGGCCGGCCAGCCGCCGUUCGAGGCCGACAACGAGGACGAGCUCUUCGACUCCAUCAUGCACGACGACGUCCUCUACCCGGUCUGGCUGUCCCGCGAGGCCGUCUCCAUACUAAAGGGUUUUCUCACCAAGAACCCGGAGCAGCGACUGGGUUGCACUGGCGAUGAGAACGAGAUACGCAAGCAUCCAUUUUUCAACAAGCUGGACUGGAAGGAGCUGGAGAAGCGCAACAUAAAGCCACCAUUCCGACCGAAAAUGAAAAAUCCACGCGAUGCCAACAACUUCGAUGCUGAGUUCACCAAGGAGGAUCCUGUACUCACCCCCAUAGGAAACGACGUGGUGCGCUGCAUCAACCAGGACGAGUUCGCCGGCUUCUCGUUUGUGAAUCCCAAGUUCGGGCCCGAGCGCAAAGUCUACUAAGGGCCAGCGAUCGCAGUUCAUGUUCACCUACCAGUUUGAUGGGUCGCUGGGCGACCUGGAGCCCCGCAGAGAUGGAGGCACACCCCUGUCGAGGGAGCUGGUCAACCGGGUCGCCAUCGAACCGAGCUGUCAUGCGGCGUGUAGCGCAUCCCCUAGCACAAGCAGUCUAAUAUUUUCAUUUAUAGUACCUAUCUCCCCACCCCAUUGUUGUCUGUUUCCCCGAACGUAGACGUGGUCCUAGUUUCGUUACCGGUCCUGUGUGUAGAUCACCACUCAUCCAGAGCAUCCAAACUACCAGUGCCAAUUGUCGAAACUGCUAAGCUUCAACGUGAAUUCACAAGCGCACAAGGACGCGAAUUCUUCAGAUCCCCGAAAACCUUAACCGCUUUAAGCUCUCCACGCCUGUUGGAAUCUAUUUAUGUUGUUUGCCAAGCCCCGAAAAACAAAAAACCAACAAAAAAAAGAAGAAAAUGGAACCCCCACCCCAUCUAGUCAAUGCCCAGUGGCUGAGUGCAUUUUGUUAUUAGUUAUUUAUUGAUUGUUUGACGUGCCGAAUCUCAAGUUUCGCACUCACAGACCGACAGCAUCCAAGCAGAGCUCUAUUUACGGGAGGCGAGGCACUUGCUCCAAGCGAAUCUCAAGGGAAUUUCUAACACAAUAGCCGCAAUGUGCCGUCUGUACUACACACAAGAAUGAAAAGCACACACACAAUACAUGAAUACGAGACCACAUAAAUCUAGUUUCAAUUUGUUUUAUGUAUUCGAAAUCUUGCACAACUUCCUUCUCAAGUAUUAAAGCGAUAUUAUUUUAAAAUUACCUUAUUGUUAUACAUAAAUAUUUAUAAAAGUGAAAGCAAAAAAACAAAAACGAAAUGAAGCCAAAAAACCCCUAAUACAAACGCAUACAAUUUACCAACAAAGAAAGAAAGUAAAGCUAACUAAUCAUAGAGAUAACGCUAAAAAGCCACAAAGAGAAUGUCUAUAAAAUUCAUAUUAAUUUAUGCUAAACAAAUUAUGAAUACCAGAAACCAAACGUGUUUAGUCUGUAAGCAAAGACCUGUUUCUGUUUCGUUCUUCAGUCAGCCCCAGCAAGCGGAACUAUGCUAAAAUAAAUCCUGAAUGAAUAUAUAAUAAUAGUAAUGAUAACGAUAAAGCGAAGGAAUAGCAAAGGAUGGAUAACAGGAGAUUUAUUAACUAUAAGCAGCGUUGUUAACUAAAAAUCGUAAGGCAAAGGCAGGCAUAAACACACACUUGUAUGUAAUAAUAAACGCCCAGUGUCUAAUAAUAUUUGUGAAAUAGCGAGCCCAGCUAGUUACCCAUUUACAAUUUAAAUGUUAACCCAAAGUAUUUUCAAGAACGCAUUUUACCAAAACAAAAAAAGGAGGAAGCAAAUAACAAGCAGGAGUAACAAAGUACGAGGCGUAUAGGCAAAAUGUUAAAAGCUAUGAAUAAUUUUUUAAGCAAUGCGCUCAAAGGCCUUUGCGAGGACAGAGGCGCGUAUUCAAUUAAAAAACCAAAUGAAAAGGUAUAAGAACAAGCUAAAUAAAGUAAAAGAACUCCAGCCAACAAGAGAACUCAUAUGAACAUAGUUAUAGAUCCCUGAUCAGGAUCGGGAAUAGGUCGAGCAGGUGGCGAGCUUGCCACAGCACAGAAGAAAGGGUAAAUAUAAUCGGAGCGGAACAGAAGAGGGAUUGUAGAACAAAUCGCGUGACCGUAACCUGAGAACAAACCUAAAAGUUAUAGGACAAAUGUGCAACCAAAAAUGUUAGCUGUAAGCUCUCACCGAAAAUACGCAAAGCUGAAGGCUCCCCGCGCCCCGCUGUUGUCUCCAUCUACUACUUACUGAAACCCCGAACAAAUCGUAUAGUAAAUAUAUAUCAUGGCUUGCCAAAACAGACAAAAAACCAAAAAAUACAAGGGUUCUUGAACUAAACUCUGAAUGUACUCACUCGAUCAGCUUAGCUAACUUUUUCCGGAGCCGCGCAGCUCAAGCAAACCACAACACACACCCACUUACAUAUGUGCAACUUUUUCAUGUACCUUUCGCAUCUUAGAUACUUAAAUGGAUUAUUAACGGCAGCCCCCGAAAAAAUUGUUAACUGAUCUAAGGCAAAACUACACACAAACUACUAAGAGAAUAUACAACUGUAACGGUAAAGUCGAAAGUCAACAGUUGAUAUGUUGUAAAAAAGCUAUUAAAUAAAAUGAACAAAAAAUGAAAAAAAAAAAAAAGGAGAAAAGAUUACCAAGGCAGGCAAGUGAGCGUAAUUGAAUGUUAAAGAAGCUACUAAAUAAAUGGUAUGAGCAGAAGAUGUGUGCAAAGAUAACCAAAGAAAGCAAAAUUGAAAACCAGAAAAAUUGAUUUAUAACAUUAAGUGAAAACUAAUUAAUAAAUAAAGAGGUAACACCUAUGGAAAAUGUAA